GUGGUAGAGAACCUUAUCUAUUGCUCCCUCCUGAUCAAACACACCAGCGACGAUGGAUAGAUCUCGCAGCACUCACUUGCAGUUUGUAACAGGUAGUCGACGUUCACGAUGGAAGCAGAAACGUUUCCCGACAUUUCGAUCAAAAUAUCCACUUUCUACUUGAAGUUCGUUGGUAUAUGGAUGACAGAGAAGGAUGGGGAUCUACUUCGGAGGAGGAUUGCCACAAGCUAUACGAUCAUUGUGACUGUACUUGCUGUGUACUUUGAGACCAGAGAUUUGUAUUUCUGCUGAGGUGACAUCAACGCUACGCUUUGGGCUGUCACCCUCAAUGCUAGUCUCCUACUGAUUCUGAUAAAGGUGUACGUCACGAUGGUGAACAAAGUGAAACUUAAUGAAUUGAUUCAAUUCGUGAAAGACCAUUUCUGGAAACAUAAUUAUAACUAUCGCGAGAAAGAGAUCUUAGCCGACAGCAGCAUGGUAUGUAGUAUAAUUGCCAUCGCGAUUACCAUUGGUGGUCAUGCUGUUGUUACAAUGCAGUGUUUUGCACCAAUCAUUGCCAGUAUGGGGAAAAAUGAAACCGAUAGAAUACUUCCAUUCAAUAUGUGGUGCGAUUUCAUAUUGAUCAGUCCCUACUAUGAAAUUUUCUACUUCGUCCAGGUACUACAGCUUUCAACAUCUCUGUCGUGUGUUUUUUGUUUUGACGAAAUUAUCUGCAUUAUGAGCCUACAUGUGUCUGCCCAGUUUCGUAUACUUCGAUACAGGCUGGUAAAUCUGUAUGACACAAUAGAGAAAAUGCAGGAUGACAAUGCAAAUGUAAGCGUAACCAUGUAUUCCUGUAAAUGUUAUGAAAAAUUGAAAAACUGCAUUCGGCAACAUUAGGAUCUCAUUAAUUUUUCCGCGAAGAUUGAGGAAGUGUUCACGCUGAUCAUAUUCGCUGAAAUGACAAUGGUCAGUGGACUAAUCUGUCUUUCAGGGUAUCAAAUGCUUUCGGGAACAGUAGAAUUGCUAUCACGUUUGUCCUGCGGGGCUGGCGCGUUUGGUAGCUCGGUCUUGCUACUUAUGGUCAUGUACUCUUGCAACGAUCUGAUAGUACAAAGUGACAAUGUCGGUUUGUCGGCGUACUCAGCACCGUGGACGCUUAUGCCGAUGGAUAAAUUUGGCAGAAGUCUGCGAAACGAUCCGAUGAUGGUCUCGGUGCGAUCGAGACGUGUUUGCUGCUUGACUGCGAAUGGAUUCUUCCCGAUAUCGCUGGAAACUUACUCCAAAAUUACGAGUACCGCCGUCUCAUACUUUACGUUAUUGACCAGCCGCACAGAGAGUAUGAUCGAAGAUUGAUUAGGAUCAACUCCCGACGAAUUUCUGAGUAUGGACUUUAUCGAUAUGUUACAUUUUAAAUGUAACCAGUUAGAAAUAAAGAAACUUCAUCACCGAUAGAAUUAAUCAUUAAGUCAAUUGAGUUACACCCUCUAACGUUGAUGUUCAUCUAGUAUUACCAGUAUGAAAUAUCGGUAUGAAAUAUAUGAUUUCCUCGUUCCGACUACUCUGCAAUCUAAAGAUUUCUAAACCAACUUUAUCGAGUUUUCACGUAAAGUGCUGUUUUUAAUUCCGCGUGACUUUCGAGAGAAAGAAAGUACUCACCGAUUCGGGACGAUUUUCGCUUGCGCCACAGAACCACACAAAUCGAAAGGUCUGGAUACACCUGUAACAUUCAAUUCAUAAUAUUAUAUAAGACUAAUAUUUUCAAUAAAAUACAUCUCAAGAAAUCUGCAAGUGCACUUUACACUUCCACUGUUGCAUUAAAUAAAAUAAGUAUACCAUCGACAGAGAUGGGGAUUCAAUUUUUUGUCUUAAUAACUUUUUGUACCUAUACUCACGAAAG